AUGCCUAAGAUCGACCAUGCUUCAAUCAAGAGAAUUUCAGCCGACCAAGGGCUUGAGAGCAUCACUCUCAGGUCGGACCUUGCAGCCCGGUACACGUUUCUUAACGAGACUCUCCUGGAAGGUAUUGGUGCUGUGGAAGUAGACUCCAAGUUUAAGAGCAGCGUCGACUUGCACGACGUAGUCACAGAACAAGAUGGUAUGCCAAUUGUUGACGAACACGCAUAUCUGGAGAAAUGGGAGGCCCGUCUUCAGGAGGAGGUUGCUCUCCUUGAGAAGCAGCAAGCAACGGCGACAGGAGCCUCGGCCGUCGUUGCGGGCGUUAUUGACUCCCAACAGGACAUGGACCCACAGCUCGUUCUUAUUCAACGUUUGGACGGGCCUUUCACCAACGAGGACGAGGUCGAUGCGGUUGUCCAGUGA